AUGAUUGUCUGUCACUCGCCUUCAGUAGCUGUCAAUCUUGGCUACAGAGCGAGGAUGCAUUUCAUUACAUCGAAGCCUUUUUGGGUAGUUUUAGUGGCUUGUGUGCCAUCGGCCUGUUAUGCACACGUUAUGAAGCCUCUCUGGGUCGACGACUCCGUGGACUCUUACAGGAUGUUCAUUUCUGAAGAAGGAUUGUCUUCUGCUGCGUCGAGGAGAGAGGAGCGUGCCCUUCCGUGUCCUUUCGACGUCGACGUGGCGCCCUGCGUGUGCUCCUUCGACGGCGCAUCCCUCGACCUCGACUGCAGUUCGGUGAAGGACUUGGACGACCUGGCGAGGGUGUUUCAGGCGGAGUUCCCCUUCCCGUCGUUCACGUCCCUCGCCAUCGCCGACAACCCGCACCUCGAGGGAGAGCUUCCAGGAGGGAUCUUCGGCCCCGUGUCGUUCCAGAACAUCACCCUCGUGCGCACGAACCUCAGCGCCGUCGCCGACACUGCCUUCGCAAGCUCGGCCUCCAGACUGCUGGUCCUCGACCUCGGAUCCAACGCCCUCACGAGCUUUCCCUUCGCGACGCUGGGGAACUACUUCCUCCUACAGCACCUCUACCUCAAGAGAAAUAGGCUUGGCAGGAUUUUGGACUUGGAGAGCUCAAGCUUGGAAAUCUUGAAACUCGACAGUAAUCCUUUGCUUGAAUUGACCGCUAAUACUUUUACAAACACGCGCUAUCUCAGAGCACUCUAUCUGAACGACGCCAGCCUCAAGGAAGUCCCCGUAGGUCUAUUCGACGGCCUAAACCACCUGCAGGAGCUAUACCUGAUGGGCAAUCAGAUCCAGACCCUCAGUAGCGGUACAUUUAACCUUAACAGCAAGAGUCUGAUUAUCGUGGGCCUUGCUGGAAAUGCCAUCAGUCAGGUGGAACAAAAUACUUUCGGUACAAGCCUCUCGCAAACUGUUACUUUAGACUUUCGUGGCAAUUCUCUGACUGAUCUUCCCGAGUCCGUGUGGCGGCCUAUGAUCUCUGUCUUGGGCCCAGAUUCUCUUCACAUCGAUGGCAACAGUUUAACAUGUGGAUGCAACAUGUGCUGGCUGAUGCAAGACUCCACGUUACUCAGCCAUACUUCAGGAGGCAAGUGCAACUCUGGAGAAAAUCUUGAGGACAUCAACACGGACUAUUGUGAUUUCUUCUGUUUUAGGAAUUCUGAUUCGAUAGUUUAA